ACUCUUUUUGCUUUCUUCUUCCUUUCUAUGUAGAGCAAUUGUUCUUGUUAUGUGGCUGCUAAGACCAAGACAUGCCUUGAAAGUGCAAGGAAAGAACAGCAAAUGGGGUUUCUUUUUCACUGCACCCAUCCUUCUCAUCCCCUACUUUGUCCUCUUCUGGCUGGAGAUCCUCCCAGGACAGCUGGAUGCAUCUGUCUCAAUUCUCCAGCUUGCUCAGACUUUACCAACAUGGAUGGGUCGCCAGGGCCUCGUACCUGUUCUCCAGUUGGACUGGAGGAACUGGUACCUGUUUGCUGCGAACAGCUCCGGUCCUGGAUGCGACUGUCUGCCACUCUGCUGUGGAGGGCGCUCCCCGGGCUGCUUCUUCCUUAGGUGCCUGGUCCUGCAUGGAAAGGAAAUAGCCAUCAAUUUCAUCCUCCGCCUCCCUGAUACCCCUCAGCCUGCUAACCUCCUCCCGGAGCUCCCUCACCUGUGCCUCCAGAUCCUUUUGAUGAAGGCCAGAGAUGUUUCCCCUCUCCCAGCACUGAAUCCAGACUGCAGGGCUUCUCAUGGACUGGAUGUGAAUGUGGCAGUGGUGGGUGUUAAGGAAGAUGUUGUUUACCCACCCCCCCUAAAAUACACAUGCUCACUGGGGCCCUGUGCCAUGGAUUUAGUUGAUGGACUUCUACUUGCUUUCUCCACCCCUGAAUUCCCCACCACUCUACGGGUGUGUCCAGAUGACCCCAUACCUGCCUCUUGCAGUAUCUCAAACCCCUUUGAGAUGCUGCACGAGGCACAUGCAGGAAUGGGAAAAUGUUCAAGUUUUCAGCACAGGGGCAAAAUUAAACCCCUGGCUGCCAGAGCAUCUGUACAGUUAACCUUUGCUCUAGCGCUGAAGUACACCGCCUGGCAGCGUGCCAGCAGCAAGGAGCUGGACCCAGGCUCCACUGCCAGUAAGUAA